CCGAAGUAAUCGCGCGAAAAAUAUUUCAUCUUCGGUUACUACAUGCUCGACGAUUUCAGAAGCAGUGACAAAGAAGUCUUUCGUCUCUUUCUCAUUCAUCGUCAUUUAACGUAGCCUACUCGUACUAGUUUACUAUGCCGAAAACAAAGGACUCUGAUAAGGAUGCAGCACUCGCAGGAGAAGGCGGUAAUGUUGAUGCAGAUGAAGAACAAGAGGAAGAAUACGAGGUCGAGAAGAUUCUUGACAAGCGCAUACGCGGUGGAAAGAUAGAGUACUUCAUCAAAUGGAAAAACUAUGGAGAUGAAGAUGACACAUGGGAGCCUGAAGCGAAUCUAGACUGUGAAGAUUUGAUGAAAGAAUUUGAACGAAAGCUGAAAGAAAAAAAAGAAAAGGAAAAGGAUAAGGACAAAAAACGGAAGACCUCUGAUGACGGCGACAAGUUGAAGGCAAAGAAGAAGAAGAUGGAGGAGGAGGACUCUUCGAAGCCAAGGGGCUUCGCAAGAGGCCUCCAACCUGAGCGCAUUAUCGGCGCAACUGAUUCCAGCGGAGAGCUGAUGUUUCUGAUGAAGUGGAAGGGCAGUGACGAGGCAGAUCUGGUUCCAGCACGGCAAGCAAACAUCAAAUGCCCCCAGGUUGUUAUAAAAUUCUAUGAGGAAAGAUUGACUUGGCACACGAAUGACGAUGAAGACAAAACCAAGGCGUAACUUCGACCAUGGAAACGAUAGAGCAAGCCGAAUCGCGCUAAGGGAAGACCGUAAUUGGGUUUGAAAUCGUGAAUAUGGUUUUGUACACGUUUGUAAAUAUAAGUAUUCUCCAAGUGGAUGACUCGUGUGUGCCAUAUGUGGUUCUUUUAAUGGGCAUUGGUUCCCCGUCUGUAAAUUGGCUUAAUAGAAUGCCUAUCUUGUAGGUAUUUUUUUACCAUAAAUGUCUAGCCAUGUAUACCCAGUGUUUCCCUGAAUGGGGGGUCACUUAUGUGGUAUUGAACUAUUCUGAUUCUGAAAUUUCAAUGGAAAAGUUAUCUGUCAUCUAUUCUGCUUAUGUACUGCUGUUGUGCAAGUGUUGUCAGAGAAGAACAAUUAAAUGCCAUUUGUUAGCUAAAGUAAGAUGAAGCCAUUGGUUUCCAUCUGUUGUCUGCAUUGCCUUUACAAUGUUUUUACUCCUUUCUUUACACAGAACUUUGUGUGCAUUUCCACACGUGGUAACGGCUUGGCUUGGCUGUUCAACAGUUAGCGAAUUCGAGUUGGCUUAUCAAUUUGCUUAAUUAAAUCUAUGUAGUAUGCCAGUAUCAAAUUUCAUAGGAAAAAUAGUGAACGGUCUUGUGUACCUGUACAAGCCAUGCAUACAAUGUUAUUGGUCAGAUGUUGAUAUUAUAGCAUGUUGUGUUGUAAUGUUAUGAUGUCAUGUUGAAGUGCUGCAGCAGUUGGAUGUAGAAUUUAGAUGAUAAAUGUGUGUAAAAUACAAGAAGUUUGCACACCAAGCAAGGUAGUUGUUAGUGUAUGUGUAGUUGUGAACAGCUGGUAUCUAUUUUCUAUUUUGUCGUUUUAAAAAGUGCAAACAAUUUCAAUUUGGAAAUUUCCAGUAAUUAGUGUCCGUAAGAAUGUAACGUCAUACAAAUUUUAAUUCUGUAUUAAACAAUGAUUACUGUACGAGCAA